AGUUAAAUGGGAGUUGUGGUAUUUAUGAUCCAAACACAUUUAAAAUAUCUAUAGGAUGUUUAUAUAAGAUGUCUAUGAAUGUAGAAGAUGAAAGGAAACUACAUGAAGUCGUGUGAAAACAUGAAAGUUAUUUUCAUUGGUGGAACAACAUGUUGUUGUAACCUAUGGCUUUGAUCUAAAUCACCAGUGUGUUGGUAAAAGGUGGGGUGAUAUAAUCGAGGGAUAAAACAAGUUUCACACAAAUGUUGGUUCAUCAUAUUGCUAUCCCUGUAUUAGAGUGAAGAUGUUUAGACAUGCAGUGGUCGUUGUUUUCAUCCUUGUUAUUAAUAUUGUUGGCGGACAAAAGAAACAUCUUAACAAGUUCUGUCCGUUUACAUUGGAGCAAUGCAAUGAUGAACCUUACAACAAACUAAAGUCGUGCAAACUAGCUUUGAACAAGCCUGACAAACUGAAGGAAAUAUCCGACAAAUAUUUAUGUUCGACGCGCGACAAGUUGAAUCAAAUUCCGGAAACAAUUACAAAACGUUCGAUUGAACGGAGCAACAACCGAACAAGGAGAUCAGCUUUGUGCAACAUUUGUACCAGAAGUUCCAACCAACAGAUUAUAUACGGAGCAUUAGACGCUCAGUUUGGGACAAAUGCCUUUCUUGAGCUGGUUCACAACCCAGCUGAUAACUUGUACCAGACGUUGACCAUUCAAAGUUGUGACACUACAUUAGAAGCAAGUGCAGGGGGCCGUGUACACACUUGCACAAAACAAAUGCUUGAAUUCACUGCAGCUGUAUGGGUGGGGGGGUACGAGGCGGUUGUUCAGUUGGUCAAGUAUCCAACAUCGUGUGCGUUUCAAUAUAAAUGUGUAUAACAUGUAACUUGUGUGUUGUGUAUAACAUGUAACUUGUGUGUUGUGUAUAACAUGUAACUUGUGUGUUGUGUAUAACAUGUAACUUGUGUGUUGUGUAUAACAUGUAACUUGUGUGCUGUGUAUAACAUGUAACUUGUGUGCUGUGUAUAACAUGUAACUUGUGUGUUGUGUAUAACAUGUAACUUGUGUGUUGUGUAUAACAUGUAACUUGUGUGUUGUGUAUAACAUGUAACUUGUGUGUUGUGUAUAACAUGUAACUUGUGUGCUGUGUAUAACAUGUAACUUGUGUGCUGUGUAUAUAUUUUCAUGACUUUAAUUGUUGUGCUUGUAACAUUGCUCCUGGGUUACAUAUAAUACAACAAACUGCCACAAAC